AAAAAGCUCAUCCGCACCAAAUACCGUUAUUUAUCAUGGGCUACUCGAUCUGGAUGAACCACACAAUUUUUAUAUAUGCAUUAAAAGCUAUACAAGGGGAUGGGCGGACCUUUUUUUGGUGGAGUUUCGUGACAACCUUUGCUCUCAAACAGCACUGUAUGCACUUUUUUUUGCUCUCUCUUUAAGAUGGCUCCGCAGCAGCAGCGACGCACGAAAAAAGAAUCACCGUAUUUCUCUAAAUCAGCAGCAGCAGAAGAAGAAGCAGCAGCAAAGGCAGAAUCAAGCAACAGCAAAAAACGCAAAAGCACACGCCAACUCGCGAAGCGCAGCAGCAGCAGUAGCAGCAACAAAAAGACAAAAAAGGCCGUUCAUGCUUCAGGCAGCAGCAGCAGUAGUAGCAGUGACAAUGAGGCAUUAACAAAAACAACGAAUAAAAAGGUCACUGCGAGUAGCAAGUCCAACAAAGAUACAGCAAAGUCAAGUAAGAGCACAACACGUCAACCUGCGAAAACAACAACAACGGCAACGCGUGCGCGUACGAAGCAACAACAAAAACCAGAAAACAAUGACGAUGACGGUGAAGAAGAAGAAGAAGAAGAAGAAGAGGCAAGCGAGUUUAGUGACGAUAAUGAUUCGUCUGACGAUGAUUUCCAAUCACCACCUCCUCGGAUCCAAAAACGAGCCCAUGUGAAGCCUAAUUCCAACCAAGUGGACGCGCGAUUGUCACAGUCUGCCAAAAACAAAGGAGAAACCACCAGUAAAAGUAGUCGUACUCAAAAGACGCGACAGACACAAAAAAAAGUAAUCGAUAGUAGUGAGGAAGAAGAAGAAUCACCAGCCUCUUCUUCCUCUACUACUACUACUACCACCACUAAAACAACAACAGCAAUUGAUAUUCCAAGGCCAAAAGGUGCUCCGUUUGCUGAUGCUUUGUCGCCGUGUUUACUCGAGUUCCUUGCAGAACUUAGAGAAGACAAUAACCGUGAUUUUAUGCGGACAAACGAGAAACGAUGGCAUACAAUACGAAAUGACUUUAUGGAUUUCGUCAAGAUGGUGUCAGAACAGUUGAAUGAGAUGGAUCCAACCGUACUGAUUGAAGAACCCAAAAAUGCCAUCUACCGACAACAUCGCGACUUGCGAUUCACAAACGAUCUUCGACCGUACAAGUCCUACAUGAGCGCAUCCUUUUCACGAGGGGGCAAGAAAUCCCCAUUUGCAGGCUACUAUAUUGGCGUAGCGCCGAACGGAGAAACACACGUAGCAGCCGGCAUUUGGCAGCCGUCCCCACCACGCAUAGCACGGAUCCGAGAAGGCAUUGUAGCGAAUGCAGAUCUUAUGCGUGAAGCGCUCAACUUGCCAACCAUCAAAGAAACGUUGGGUCAGAGUGGACUUGCAGUAUUAUCCAAUGAAGACAAGCUCAAGACGGCUCCCAAGAAUUUCCCAAAGGAUCAUCCCGAGAUCGAAUUGCUGCGGUACAAGAGCUUUGUUGUGUCAAAGACAUUUUCGGAUCUGGAGGUCGUGUCGGAAGGGUUCCUGGAUAAGGUGUUGGAUGUGUAUGAAGCACUUGUACCGUUCAUCACUAUUUUGAAUUCUUGGACUGGUUAAAAAUACAACACAACGUUAUAAUCCAUAUCCAGUUUUUUGGGGGCGGGAAGGGCUUUCCGCAGCAGCAGCCAACAACAACUAACAGAGCGGUCUCUGAAAUGACAGGUUUAUGAUUCACACACAAAAAAAAACAAGAGGCUGGGCACACACACAUUACACCACUUGACAGCUUUGCUGCGAAUUUUUCCUCUACACCUGCAUACAAUGGACUGCAACUUUAAUCCAGAAGCAUCAACUGAAGAUCGACAAAAGAAACUGGCCAAUCUCUUGUCGUUUGUUCAGCAGCGAACACAUGAGAGGGAUGCCGAAACUAACAAUAACGACAAUGAAAAUUUAAAAAUCACGUCCUCGAGUCCUG